UCACCUGAUUCAUUCGAAAUCCACCUUUACCAUCACCUUAUUAACUUCUCCAACCCAACAACAAUGAAGUUCCUGGCUAUUACACUGCUGCUCAUCUGUAUGUUUUUCUCUGAAGUGCUGUCGAUGGUGUGUCAGUACAGCGUUUGUCUGUCAGGAUCUGGACAAUGCAAAAGCACAGAAAUAAACUGUCCAAACCAGUGUGUCAGUAUAACAAGCAUAAAGUAUACAGAUGGCAAAAGUUCAACAAAAGUUGUAAAGACUUGUGGCACGAAAGAACUGUGUUCGAUUGGGAGUGUAAACCUGGGAGACAUGAAAGUGACCCACAAUGCCAAAUGCUGCAGCACUACUCUCUGCAACACUGAAACGUUGGCAGAUGUUCCGAAGCUGCGGGCCAAUGGGAAGAUGUGUUACAGCUGUACAGGUAACGACUGCUCACAAACGGUGGAUUGUGAAGGCAACGAAUAUCAAUGCAUUUCUCAGACAGUUUAUCAACUAGGCAAGACCGUGACUAUGAAAGGAUGUGCAGACAAAUCCGCCUGCAAUAAUUCUGCAAUAUUAAACUUGCAGGGAAUGAACACUAUGGAUAAUCAUUGUUGUCAGGGGAAUCUGUGUAACGGUGUUCAGAGCGUCACACUGAGCUUCCUCCUCGUGUUCUUCUCUCUGCUCUCCUCCAUCCUCUUCUACUGAACGCGCUGAGGAAGCAUCUCACUGAAAACUUUAUCUACGUUUAUCUAAGUUUACGAAAACUAUAGACGGACGUUUUAUAUUUAAGGGGUCGUAUGAAUAUGUUUCUCGUGGCAUCAGCUCUGCUGUAUUGCUGUUUCAAAUGUGACUUGUUUUGAUGUGACCCACUUUUCUGUCCGUGAUGGUGAUCUGUAUAUAAAACCGCCUAAAGCUAGAUUUUUAUCAUUUGCACUUGUGAUAUAGUAGUUAGGAAGACUGUGAAUAGAAAUCCACCAGGAAGUGGGAAUUACAGAAUUACAAAAUAAAGAAAGCUACACAA